AUGCAACCAACGCAAAUCCUCCGCGCUGGAGGCCGACCCGGCUUCUGGACCCGAUCAAUAGAAGAGUUCAAACGACAAGCCAGCAUCGCCGUACAAAUGGAAGGCCUCCUAGUCCCCAAGAGGCCAUACUACCUCGCCAAGUUCGACAAACCCGACUCGAUUCCGCAAUGCAAACUCAUGUGCGACAGCAUUUCCUUCGGCGGCUACAGCAAAGCCAGCCUAACAUUCCAACCCGGAACCACCACAACCACCACAACCACCGACCCCAAAAGCGGCAAAGACUUAACCACAACGACGGAAGACCCCGACAAUCCUUCACACGCCCUCUUCAAAGGCACCAUCAACACCGCUCUCCCGCCCAACAAACCCGACGUCCAACGCUCCGGCUUCGCCGCCUGGCGCACACACGACCGAGGAAUGUGGCUGUUCGGGCGUCUCCUCCACGACAUCGAUCCCUACGGCUACCUAGCGCUCCGCGUGAAAUCCGACGGGAGGAAAUACUUCGUGAACAUCCAGACGGAAUCCAUCGUGCCCACAGACAUCCACCAACAUCUCCUGCCUUGCUUCAAACCGGGCCAGUGGGAGACGGUCGUCAUACCUCUCCACGCGUUUGUCCGGACGAAUUACGGAAUGGUCGUCGAGCCGCAGAAGGAGAUGCUAAGGCAGAAAGUUCGAUCGGUGGGGAUUGGAUUGACGGAUCGUGUGCAAGGGCCUUUUGAGCUCAGGAUCGCGGAGAUUUAUGCGACGAACAGACCGCCGAAACGCUCGGCGGAGAGUGGGUUCGAUACCAGGACCGAGGAGGAGGAGAGGAAGGAGAAAGAAAAUGAACCGGAGAAGAUUAUGAUUUGA